AUGGUGAAAAUAGCCGUGGAGAACCAGGCCCCGUGUUGCAGCUCGGAGAUGCCAGGCCAGGGUUUGUCCCCGUGUCCCCUGGGGUCAAGGGCAGAGGCAGGGCCUGUCACGCGGGUCGGGUCGCGGCUCCUUGGCCUCCGCGAGCCGCACAGCGUCGCUGCCACGUGCCUGAGGUUCAGCUGUUGGCAGGUCCUGCCAAAUGUUUCCGAGCUGUAUUUAAGUGAUGUCCCCCCGGUGCCCACUUUGGCAGACAUUGUGUGGAUAGCAGCAGAUGACGAAGAAACGUAUGCCAGAGUCAGGAGUGACACUCGCCCGCUGAAGCACAAGUGGAAGCCCAGUCCCUUCACGGUCAUCCAGCGAAAUGCUUCAGUCCCCAACCUGAGGAGGCAGGAAGAGAAGCUGCUCGCCCUGAAGAAACCUGGUUUACCAGCACUGAGCCGAACAACUGAGCUCCAGGAUGAGCUGAGUCACCUUCGGAGUCAGAUAGCUAAAAUAGUGGCCGCAGAGUCAGCUUCUGCUUCCUUCACACCAGAUUUAUUAUCUCCAGGAAGCUCAAAUGCAUCUUCUCCCAUUCGUUGUUUUGGACCCUCUUUCCACUCUACAACUUCCUUUGUCAUUAGUGAUAUCACAGAGGAGGAGGCAGAACUGGAAAGCCCGGAUCUCCCAUCAGUUUCCCUGCUUUGUUCUGCAACCUCUGAAUGUUGCAAACCAGAACCAAAGGAUCCUGACGAGGAAGACUCCGUGUCCCUUUCGAAGGCCAGCAGCUUUGCGGACAUGAUGGGCAUUCUUAAAGACAUUCAUAGGAUGAAGCAGAACAAAGACUUAAACCGAACCUCAAUGAAGGAAGAAGACCCUGCUAUUCUCAUAGCAGAAGUUUUGAGAAGAAAAUUUGCCCUAAAGGAUGAAGAUCUAACUAUGAAAGAGAAGUGAUGUUACUGUCAUUAAACUCUGUAAGCAAGUGUUAUGCUCCCAAAAUUUUCUCCACAGUAGCUGCCUUCCUAAGGAUUGAACUUUUAUGCCUCUUUUAUUAAUUAGAAAUUGUUUAUGCACUGGACACUUAUUUAGGAAAGACUGUAUGGAUUUGAAGUGUUUUCAAUGUAUUGUAAUAUUUAAGAAAAAAUCUUUUUAAGAUGGAAAUUCUUUUCCACUUGUAUUUAGGUCUUGAUUUUUGGUAAGGAUCUUCUAGGGAACGCAAUGAGUGCUGCUGAAUGAAGUUCUUUCUACCUACAGGUUUUUAGGUUCACAUUAAGCAUUCAAGUUAACUUAUAACUGUCUUGUUGCAAUAUAACUUAUUACUCAUUACAGUAAAAACGGAUGUCAAACAUCCAGUUCUUCCUCUAGUGUGAGUCUGGUACGGAGCUAGUGAGAAUAAAGUGUUUCAUGUUUGCAGAUCUUUGGUGUUUAGGAAGUUGUUGAAUCAAGGAGG